AGGGGUUAUAGAGUAGACGCACAGUGACCUGACAUUUGGGAAUUGUAAAGUUUGAAGCUAUGGCCUUUGAGUUUCAAGAGCAGCCUGCCGUCCCGGUCUGCAUUCAGGGUUCAAAGUUGAAAGCUUUUAGGGUGAGUUAGUUUGUUCUCUCUUUGAGUAGCUUAAUUUGUGUCAUUUCCAGAAUGUUUAAUCUUUCUAGGAAAAACAAUAGCAUCUUACAUAGGGUUUCAUACAUUGUCAGGAACAACUCCUCCUCAAACUCACUCUUAUUUCUCAAAGUUAGAUGCAUCUCAAACACUUGUUCCGACCUAUCUCAAUCUUUUGCAUACUCUUACCUUAUAGACAAAUUUGGGUUCUCCCAAGAAUCUGCUUUGGCAGCUUCCACGUAUCUCUGUUUUAAAACCCCAGAUAAAGCUGAUUCUGUCACUGCAUUUUUGGAGAAACAUGGGUUUUCAAGAACCCAAAUCCAGCAAAUGAUCAGGUUACGGCCGAAUCUGCUGUCUUCUAAUGUUGAGAAAACCCUUUUGCCCAAACUCGAGUUUUUCCGAUCUAGAGGUGUUUCAAGCCCUGACCUUAUCAAAUUCUUACUUAACAACCCUACUAUUUUAACUCGUAGCUUAGCGAAUCAGGUUGUCCCUUGUUUCAAUCACCUUAGCAGUCUGCUCCAAUCUGAUGACAAGGCUGUUAAAGCUAUAAAACGCUAUCCACGUCUUGUCACAUGUAAUUUUGAUGCUCAUAUGUUACCUAAUAUCAAUAUUCUGUUGGAUAAUGGAGUGCCUGAAUCACAUAUCAGAACAAUGUUUUUUCACCACCCUAGAUACUUUGUCAUGAUCCCGGAUCGGUUUAAGGAGAUUGUGAAGGAAGUGAAGGAAAUGGGGUUCGAUCCUUUGUUGAUGAAAUUUCUCCGUGCUGUAAUUAUGUUUAGAAAAAUGAGCAAACCUACACUGGAGAGGAAAUUUGAUGUUUACAAGAAGUGGGGUUGGUCUGAACAAGAGAUUUGGGAAGCCAUUCGAAAGAAUCCACAAUGUGUGGAUUUUUCGGAGGAAACAAUUAUGUCUAGAAUGGAUUUUCUUGUGAACAGAAUGGGUUUUAAGCCUUUGCACAUUGCCAAUCAACCAAGUGUUCUAUGUCGGAGCUUGGAGAAGCGGAUUAUUCCAAGGGGAUUGUAUACUCAAGAGUUGUUAUCAAAAGGUUUAACGAAGAAGUUUACAUUGUCUGGAUUGUUUGACAUUUCAGAGAAGACGUUCUUUGAGAGGUUUAUUAACCGAUAUGAAGACAUAGCACCUCAGCUACUAAAGCUGUACAAAGAAAAAGUGAAGCUUGCCAUAGGAGGCAAAUACUGAACAAGUAGGUUUUUUCAUGUACCUAAUUCUUCUAUCUAAUUGAAUUGUUUGAUCUCAAACUUGCUCCUAUUUGAAUUGAAGAAUGCAAUUAUUACCAAUACUUUUAAGUAGCAUUGACUCUUGUUAUCUCGCUCUGACUGUUUUAUGUGCUUGAUUGAAGAGUGGUUAUGUUGCUCAAAGUGCAACUGUGAAAUGAGUCUCAUUUGCAGAGCUUACAAAUCUCUUGGUUCAUUAGAUUGUGCAACUUUGAAAUGAGUCUCAUUUGCUGAGCUUACAAAUCUCUUGGUUCAGUAGAUUGUAUUGAUACCGGGUAGUUCGUUUUUUGAUGUAGCUGAUUCUUCUAUCUAAUUGAAUUGUUUGAUCUCAAACUUGCUCCUGUUUGAAUUGAAGAAUGCAAGUAUUACCAACACUUUUAAGUAGCAUUGAUUCUUGUUAUCUUGUUCUAACUGUUUUAUGUGCUUAAUUGAAGAAUAGUUAUCUUGCUCAAAGUGCAACUGUGAAAUGAGUCUCAUUUGCAGAGCUUACAAAUCUCUUGGUUUAUUAGAUUGUAUUGAUACCAGGCAGUGUAGGGGCUCCAAGAAUGCUGCCGCGGCAAAUUACAAAUCUCUUCGUUCAUUAGAUUGUAUUGAUACCAAGUAGUUUAGCAGCUCCAAGAAUGCUGCCGUGGCAAAGAAAACCUUACAAGGUGAUCACAUGAAGAAAUGGUGCUGCUGCUGUAAUUGAAAACAAAUGGGAAGACAAUAAUCCAAUCCAGGUUUUCAUGUUGCCAAACUCAUGGCCCUUUGUUAGUGCUAGGAUCAAUCAUAUUCAAUGUAAAAUUAUUCUCUUUUGGUGCUAGGAUAAAUCAUAUUCAAUGCAAAAUUAUUCUUUCUCCUUUUUAUGAUAAUAACUCAUUGUUCACAAAAAUAUGAGCAAAACAUAUGACUUUUUAAA